CAGUCAAGUAAUGUGUUUCUGAUGUGUUUCGGGGGAGCUCUUGAUGUCGUAUGACUGUCUUUGGAAGUCAGUGGACUAUACUGUGAUUUACCAACCACGAACAUCUGUACCGUGGGAUGCAGAUUGCAUAAUAUUUUAUUUUUUUUUUACGGGAACGUAUUGUAUCGUUAUUCAAAAUGAGUAUCGAUACUCUAUUGGAAGCGGCCAGAUAUUUAGAGUGGCAAGCCCAGCAACAACAGAUUACACGUGAGGAGGAACGGCUAGAGAAGGCCCUGCUGUCCCGUGAGUCAGAGCAGAAAAUCUUUGCCCCUGUUAUCCAGCCUGUCCAAUUCAGUCAUGUGACCUGGCGAGACGACCUGCGGCUCGAGCCACAGUUCCACCACCAGCACCACCCUCCGGUCCCGCCCCCUCCCCUUCCACCACCUGUUUCCAUUGCUGUCAUUCCCAUCCCGGUGGUCGCAGCAAACCCUGCGGCCCCUUCUAUUCAGACCGCCUCCCCUGUUCACGCAGCUCCGCCCAUGCCAGUCGUCACACCUUUGGCCGCAGCCCUGUCCCCACCUGCUGCCCCUCUACUCAGCCCCACCGGUAAGGACGACCACUCUCCUUCACAGCAGCAACAGCAUCGACACUUAGUCCCGCACGUUAAAGCAGAAGUCAGCAGCUUGCCUCAGUUAAACAACAGUCCCAAACAGCAGCAACAGACACAGGCUCUGCUGCAGCCUUAUCCAUCCCCAAUCAUCGCUUCUCAGCAUCCACCACAGCAACAUGCCCUCCUACCACAGCAACAGGCCUUCCUGCCUCAGCCAACACUACUCCAGCCUCAGUUCACACUGCCCCAGAGCCAGGUGAGCCAACCGCCCCAGCUUAACGGUGCCAGUGUGGAAGAUGUGCGCAACAUGGAUGGGAAAAGGAGACCAGGAGGAGCUGGAACACGAGAAGUUCACAACAAACUGGAAAAGAACAGACGAGCACAUCUGAAAGAAUGUUUUGAGACCCUCAAAAUAAAUGUUCCUAAUGUGGAUGAGAAGAAAACGUCCAAUCUGAGUGUCUUGAGGAGCGCCCUCCGCUACAUCCAGACGUUGAAGCGAAAAGAAAAGGAGUACGAGCAUGAAAUGGAGCGUUUGGCACGGGAGAAGAUCGCCACACAACAGAGACUCGCGGAGCUGAAGAACGAGUUGAGCCAGUGUAUGGACAUCAUGGAGAUUGACAGGAUAAUACGACAGACUGUACAACCUGAUGAAGACCAGGCCUCCACAUCAACAGCAUCAGAGGGUGAAGACAACUUCGACCAAGAUGUAGAAGAUGACAUCCUCUCCUCUCUGCCCUCAUCGUCUGCACCCAAACCACCUGCACCAGCGCCAUCGGAGACCCGUCCUGCCUUGCCUCCACCCUCCAUCCUCCCUACACACAUAUCUAUACAACACAAACCCAUCAUCCCUCCCAACCCGUCCCAGCCCGCUGUGGUCACCCCGCAAGCAAUCGCCCCCGCGCCCCCAUCACAUGUGGUCUCCACUCCUCAGCAAACAGUAAUCACCCAUGCCUCCGUAUCCCAUGCAUCUGUCAUCCAAGCCGUCAACCACAUCUUCCCCACCGGUCAUAAACACCUGGCGCACAUUGCGCCCUCUAGUGGCGGCCAACCAAUCGGACACAUCACCGUGCAUCCAGUGGCCCACCUUUAUCCGCAGUCAGUGGCUGUCUCACAGCCGGCGGUGGUGGGACACAUCACACACACACUGGCGCACCACCCUCAUGCUCACGCCCAUGUUAAUGGCACUCCGGUCACGUGCCAGCAGGCCGCCGUGGUGGGAAAGCCCACGGCGGUGGUUGCCCACCAUCACACCGGGCUAGUGGGCCAGACGGUGCUCAAUCCAGUGACUAUGGUAACUGUACCGCCGUUUCCCGUGAGCACACUAAAGCUGGCCUGAGCAAAGCCAGAGGGUGUAAAGAAAGACUUCGACGUCCAGUGAAUGUCCUAUGUACCUCAUGAAGCGAGCACCAGAGAAUACAGGGUGUGAGGUGUCCUCAUCAUUGUCCAAACUAGAUGAGUUAGAUGACAGAGGAAGACUAGAUCCCAAUCAGAAUUUCACUACCGUCACUACUACAUGGUGGGAUUUUGUCAGGAUCAGAGUUUCCUGUAGCCAGUUACUUGGGACACAUCUGUGUGCAUAGGGCUUGUGUGUCUUAUGCCAUGCAUCAUUGGAAUGACAUACAUGCAAUGCACUUGCUUAAGUAAAUGAUAAGCCAGUGAGUGUCAGUCCUGUAGUAACGUGAGAGUCGAGUGCAAAAAAUAAAUCAAUCCUAUUUCUUCUUUGUCCCUCUUUGUCUAUCUAUCCUUUUUUCUGUUGUAUUCACUCUUAAAUAUUCAAGCACUCUGCGACUUUUUAAUUUUUUUUACAUUCAUUGACCAAAAAAAGACCAUGAAAAUGUUAAUCUAAAAUUUAAAGAGUGCUUGAAAGCGGUGCAUAGGUCCAACAAAACAAAAUAUGCGAAGAAACCAAGUUUCUUAAUUUUUGGGGCUUUUACAACUCUCUUUAAAGGAAUGCAAUGCAAGUUAAACUCAGUCAGUAGCUUUUGUGGCAUAAUGUUGAUUGCCACAAAACAUUUUUACUUGUCCCUUGUUUAUUAAAAAAAAAGCCAAAAUCUGGCUUAUAGCAAGGCGUUUACAAUGAAAGUGAAUGGUGCCAGUGCAUAAACAUUGAAAUACAAAAUGUUUCAAAAGUAUAGCCAUAAGCAUUAUACGUGUUAGCAUUUACCUUUUCCAUGUAAAGUGAUUUCCAAUCUUACAACUUUGUCGUCAUGACAAUGUAACUCUGUAAGCAAUUUUAUCAAACUAAAAACAUGAAGAUCAGAUUUUAUCACACUAAAAUCAUGUUAACACACAUAAAGCUUACGUCUUGUAGCUAUACUUUUGAAAAAGUGAGCAUUUUAACGUUUACGGAUUGGCCCCAUUCACUUCCAUUGUUAGUGCCUCACUGGAACCCGAAUUUCUGCUGCUUAUUUUUUUAUAAAAGAGGGAUGAGUUGGAAUUAUUGUCUGUGCCAAUCAACAUUAUGCUACAAAUGCUGUUAUUGAGCUCACUUGUACUAAACCUUAAACAUUCCUUUAAAUAGGGCUUGUGCAUAAAAACUUGUUGAACAUUCAGUCAUCAGACAGAUUGGGUUUCUCUAUAUGUCUUCGUACUUUGCAAGACAAUGUACUGUAAGUGCCUAGCCCCAAAUCAAGCCCAGUGACGCCACCUGCUGCCUAUACAAUGCAACAACAUUGCUGGAUUUAUACACAAGCGCAUAUUGAUAGUGUCACAGCCAUCUGUUGGCACCCACGAAUCACAAGAGUCUUAAAGUUUCCAGUAAAAUGGCUUUAUAAUGAAACACAACAAACUUUUACAGAAUUAACCGCUAAAAUUUCACCCAUAAUGAAACUUCUUUCAUCAUUUACUCACCCUAAUGUAGUUCCAAACUUAUAUGAUUUUCUUUCAUGAGCACAAAAGGAGAUGUUUGGCAGUAUGUUAGGGACUGAGGCUUACAUUCUUUAUAAAAUGUUAGAAAAUAGUGAGGAUGUGUAAAUGAUGACAGAAUUGUAAUUUUGAUUGCACUAUCCCUUUAAUGUUCAAAAGAGACCUGUAUGCAGCAUAACGAUGUGUAUUUGAAAGUACAUUCAAGCAUUUAUAACCAGCAAGUGCUCCGAAUAUUUAACAUAAUAAUGCGUAGUGAUAUUGAUUAACAUUUCAAACACUGAAAAUGUGCAAUAUGGAGCCCAGCAGAAUUACAAACAUUCUCACGUGCUUCACAGUUGUGCAACAUGAUGAAUAAAUCUUCAAAUGAAAUAUUGGGCCACAUCCACACUAUUCCAUUUUCGGCCACAUCCACACUAAUCCAUUUUCGUUUGAGGACUGAAAAACGAAACAGAUUCAGUUUUCUAACAUCAUUUGUUUUCCAAAGUAUGCAGUAACGGAGAGUGUUUUCGACAUGCUUUCAUGUUCCAGUAUGAAUAAGAGGCCUAAGCGUAGUGAAAUCAGUGAGUUUUCAAACAAAAAUGUAUUAUUGUGGACGUUGCCUAAUAAAUGCACAAACAAAUUUGGUGCACGCAUUCAUAGAAGCCAUUUAAUGUGGCCAAAAUAGUCCAGUGUAAAUUGGUGUUGUUAUAUGUGUCUAUUCUAUGUUCAUCGUGUAGUGCCUACAUGCUGUCCAGCCAAUUUCAUUUGUCGCUUUUAUUUUUAUUUGUAAUUGUGUAAACUGUUGUGGUAGGCAGCUUGUGCAAAAGCAUUUGGGUCUAAGAGGUGCUAUGCUGUUUUCUAUGGCAAACAAGACUCUUGAUAUCAGAAUAAAAACCCCUUUACAAAUAGCACUGUAAUGCCUCUCUCAAAGUUGUCCUGUCAUUCUUAAUGUUGCUUUUUGAAUGCACUCACAUGGUUUGACCUGCAAACUAAGUUAGCCAUCUUACCUGUUAACCGGACUAAACCCAGUGGUUUACUGUUGAGUUAAGUAACCCAUGUUUAAUGUGAUAAUUCACCCAAAAAAUACGAAUUCUGUAAUUUACUCACGGAGUACCCGUAUGACUUCCUUUCUUCAAUGUAACACAAAAGGAGAUGUCAGACAGAAUGUUAGCCUCAGUCAGCAUUCACUUUCAUUGCAUAAUUUGUUCCCAUACAAUAAAUGUGUAUUGAAGCAACUUGAAGGUGAGUAAAUCAUGACAUAAUUCAAAUUUUGGGGUGAAUUAUUGCUUUAGUAUCAAUAUUGUUGCUUUAUAAUGUCACUUUUAAAUGACACUGUGAUUUCUGCUCUUAACAUCCUCUACCAGCUGCAAAAUCCCUAAAUCUGAAGUUUGGAUUUAUCUGUUUUAUUGUGUUGACUUACUUUUUUUUUUUUUUUUGUCUUCUUUUGGGGAUGUGAAGAUGGAAUGAUACAUGCUGUGCUUCACAUUCGUUUAAAAAACAAACCAAACAAAAAAAUAGCCUAACCUUUGUGAAAUUUAUUAUUAUUUGUAUUUUUUUUAUGUAUAUAUGUAUAUGGAUGUAUGUGUAUAUGUGAGAUAUAGGCACGAAUUUGCAUAUUUGUGUGUAUUUUAGGGUUAUACUGAUGCCUGGUUUUGCAUGUAGAUUGCGUUUUUUUGUUUUGUUUAAAUGUUAAUCUCUCCUCUUUUUCAUUUUUGGGACCAUGUAUUAUCAUACUGUGUGAUGUGGACGGGAUUGUUCGACCUCAUUCUACAUUUAUAUUAUAUAUAAAUAUAUGAAAAACUGUGCAUUUUCCCUAUGGAGAAAGUUUAAGUUAUAUAUCGCCUGUACAUUUUGGGCUGCAUUAAGAUUGAAUUGUCCACCAUGUUUAAAUGAAAUAAUAGUAAUAACAGUUAUCAAAUAUACUAGAUUACUACAAAA